GGCUUCUGUGGUAGGAAGGGAGGUCCGCUCGGCCGGGCGCGCCGCCCCAGUGCUCUGUGGGAUACUGGAAGUCUCGAGCGUCUCCUCCCGGUUCCCAGCCCUCCUCUGGCCCGCACUCAUAGAAACAGUCACACACCCCCUGCCUCCCCUCUCUUCCCUCUCCGCCUCCCCCUUCCCCCCUCGCGAUAAGAAGACCCGGCGGCAGGAGAGGGGAUGAAGAUGGCGGACGCGAAGCAGAAGCGGAACGAGCAGCUGAAGCGCUGGAUCGGCUCCGAGACGGACCUCGAGCCUCCCGUGGUGAAGCGCCAGAAGACCAAGGUGAAGUUCGACGAUGGCGCCGUCUUCCUGGCUGCUUGCUCCAGUGGCGACACGGACGAGGUCCUCAAGCUGCUGCACCGCGGCGCCGACAUCAAUUACGCCAAUGUGGACGGACUCACCGCCCUGCACCAGGCUUGCAUUGAUGACAAUGUUGAUAUGGUGAAGUUUCUGGUAGAAAAUGGAGCAAAUAUUAAUCAACCUGAUAAUGAAGGCUGGAUACCACUACAUGCAGCUGCUUCCUGUGGAUAUCUCGAUAUUGCAGAGUUUUUGAUUGGUCAAGGAGCACACGUAGGAGCUGUCAACAGUGAAGGAGACACACCUUUAGAUAUUGCUGAGGAGGAGGCAAUGGAAGAGCUACUUCAAAAUGAAGUUAAUCGGCAAGGGGUUGAUAUAGAAGCAGCUCGAAAGGAAGAAGAACGAAUAAUGCUUAGAGAUGCAAGACAAUGGCUAAACAGUGGUCACAUAAACGAUGUCCGGCAUGCAAAAUCUGGAGGGACAGCCCUGCACGUUGCAGCCGCUAAAGGCUAUACAGAAGUUUUAAAACUUUUAAUACAGGCAGGCUAUGAUGUUAAUAUUAAAGAUUAUGAUGGCUGGACACCUCUUCAUGCUGCAGCUCACUGGGGUAAAGAAGAAGCAUGUCGAAUUUUAGUGGACAAUCUGUGUGAUAUGGAGAUGGUCAACAAAGUGGGCCAGACAGCCUUUGAUGUGGCAGAUGAAGACAUUUUAGGAUAUUUAGAAGAACUGCAAAAGAAACAAAAUCUGCUCCAUAGUGAAAAACGAGAGAAGAAAUCUCCACUCAUUGAAUCAACAGCCAAUAUGGAGAAUAAUCAGUCACAGAAGACCUUUAAAAACAAAGAGACAUUGAUUAUUGAGUCAGAGAAAAAUGCAUCCCGUAUUGAAUCUCUGGAACAAGAAAAGGUUGAUGAUGAAGAAGAAGGAAAGAAAGAUGAAUCUAGCUGCUCUAGUGAAGAAGAUGAGGAAGAUGACUCAGAGUCAGAAGCUGAAACAGAUAAGACAAAACCCAUGGCUUCUGUAACUAAUGCCAAUACUUCUAGUACACAAGCAGCUCCUGUGGCUGUUACAACACCUACUGUGUCAUCGGGUCAGGCAACACCUACUUCACCUAUUAAAAAGUUUCCAACCUCAGCUACAAAAGUUUCUCCCAAAGAAGAAGAGAGAAAAGACGAGUCUCCUGCAUCUUGGAGGUUAGGACUUAGAAAGACAGGCAGUUACGGUGCACUUGCAGAAAUCACAGCGUCUAAAGAGGCUCAGAAAGAAAAAGACACUGCAGGUGUUAUGCGUUCAGCUUCAAGUCCCAGACUUUCCUCCUCUUUGGAUAAUAAAGAAAAGGAGAAAGAUAGUAAGGGAACUAGGCUUGCGUAUGUCGCACCUACGAUACCCAGACGACUAGCCAGUACAUCUGACAUCGAAGAGAAAGAAAACAGAGACUCUUCAAGUUUGCGAAUAAGUAGUUCGUAUACAAGAAGAAAAUGGGAAGAUGAUCUCAAAAAAAAUAGCUCAAUUAAUGAAGGAUCAACUUAUCAUAAAAGUUCUAGUGUUCCAAGCACCACAUCAACACCAACAGUUACCUCUGCAGCUGGGCUUCAGAAAAGCCUGCUUUCCAGCACAAGCACUACUACAAAGAUUACAACGGGUUCUUCCUCAGCAGGCACACAAAGCAGUACCUCAAAUCGUUUGUGGGCUGAGGAUAGUGCUGAAAAAGAAAAGGACAGUGUUCCUACGGCAGUGACCAUUCCUGUUGCUCCAACUGUUGUAAAUGCUGCAGCCUCUACCACAACCCUGACUACAACUACUGCUGGCACUGUCUCCUCCACAUCAGAGGUCAGGGAGAGACGCAGAUCAUACCUCACUCCUGUUAGAGAUGAAGAGUCUGAAUCCCAAAGAAAAGCAAGAUCUAGACAAGCAAGGCAGUCGAGAAGAUCAACACAGGGGGUGACAUUGACUGAUCUUCAGGAAGCUGAAAAAACAAUAGGAAGAAGUCGUUCUACCCGAACCAGAGAACAAGAAAAUGAAGAAAAAGAAAAAGAGGAAAAAGAAAAACAGGAUAAAGAGAAGCAAGAAGAAAAGAAGGAGUCAGAAACAUCUAGAGAAGAUGAAUAUAAGCAAAAGUACUCCAGAACGUAUGAUGAGACUUACCAGCGUUACAGACCAGCAUCAACUUCAAGUUCAACUACUCCAUCCUCUUCACUUUCUACCAUGAGCAGUUCACUCCAUGCUUCAAGUCAACUAAACAGGCCAAAUAGUCUUGUAGGUAUAACAUCUGCUUACUCCAGAGGAUUAACAAAAGAAAACGAAAGAGAGGGAGAAAAGAAAGAAGAGGAAAAAGAAGGAGAGGAUAAAUCACAGCCUAAAUCAAUCCGAGAACGACGGCGACCAAGAGAGAAAAGAAGAUCUACAGGAGUUUCGUUUUGGACACAAGAUAGUGAUGAAAAUGAACAAGAUCAACAAUCAGAUACAGAAGAGGGAUCCAAUAAGAAAGAAACUCAGACGGAUUCCAUUUCUAGAUAUGAAACCACUUCCACGUCAGCUGGUGAUCGCUAUGAUUCCUUGCUGGGUCGCUCUGGAUCCUACGGUUACUUAGAAGAAAGAAAACCUCACGGUAGCAGGCUAGAGAGGGAUGACUCAACUGACUUUAAAAAGCUUUAUGAACAAAUUCUAGCUGAAAAUGAAAAGCUGAAAGCACAGCUACAUGAUACAAAUAUGGAACUGACAGAUCUUAAAUUGCAAUUAGAAAAGGCCACCCAGAGACAAGAAAGAUUUGCUGAUAGGUCACUAUUGGAAAUGGAGAAAAGGGAACGAAGAGCUCUAGAAAGAAGAAUAUCUGAAAUGGAAGAAGAGCUCAAAAACCUGCACCAAAUAAAGCAAAUUCAAACUCUGAGAGAGUUAAAUGAGCGACUGCUGACUGAGAAUAGGGCCUUGACAAGAGUGGUAGCCAAGCGCUCAGGGUUCUGUAGGCAACUGCAGUCUGUGCACCUAUAAUUUGUAGUUUCAUCCUUCUUCUUGGUAGAGCCAGAUGUUACCAGACCUAAAAGCAGACAACCAGAGGCUAAAGGAUGAAAAUGGGGCCUUGAUCAGAGUUAUAAGCAAACUUUCCAAAUAGAAAAAAAAAGCAGCAAGUAAUGGAAUUGCACACGUUAGUAACCCAGCGGACCAUAAUUGACAGUCACUGGAAGCCUGGGAAGAAUCCUUGGAGACUGUCAUUUUCGGAUAUCCUGCCAAAUGCCCUCUUAUCUAGGAGUUUUGUUUUGUUUAAUUAUCUGGGUUUUUUUUUUUUUCUUGUAUCAAGACCAUUGUUUCAUGUUAAUGCAGCUGCUGAGAAGAUUUUUUUUUUAAUGACUGAGAAAACUUGUUUACAGCUCCAGCAUAUAAGGAAAGUGUUCAAGGCCAGAUAUGCCUCAGAUAUUUAACCAGUAAGCCUUAGUUGUACAUAAAUACUUUUGUGUCAACAAAAACUUUCAGCUUUCACAGAAGACAGUUAUUCAGCAUUUUUUUGAUGUGCCACAGUUUCCAGUUUUUCAAUAUUUAAUUUGUUUUGCUUUCCAUCUAAGUUUGGGUUUGUAUUUUUCCUUCUAACUCUCCAUGUGGCAGCCUCUUCUAUGUUUUCACAGCUCUCUCCUUUACAGAAAAGAACACUUACCCUUCUGAGGUCAUUGUCGUGCGUCAGGCUGAUGCUGUGUCGUCUCCCACCUGGAACCGAAUUGCUUGGUGGAACAUUGCUUUCACUGUUUGUGCAAUAUGCAUUUAUUUCUUAUAUGAAUGCUUUAAAGUCAAUGGAGAUUAGAUUCUUUUAAGUCCUAUUUUCUGCCUUCAUUGGUCACUUUCUUGUUUCUGUUUGUUUUUUAUUAUUGUAGAAUGAGAUGUUAGAUUCUGUAACCUUCACAUUCAUUGUAGCAGGUACUGAGUGAUGCUGUACAUAUAAAUAAGUGUAUUGUUUUGAUUUUUAGACCACCACAUGGCAUGCUUGACUAUUUUCUCAAUUCAACAAAGUAGGCUACUCCAUAAUAGUGUUAAAAACGAAAUUUGCUAACAAUGUGAUAUAAAGACUUUAAAAGUAACACAUUCUGUGGAGCCCUAUCUUUACAAAAGUUUUCUACUGUAAAGUGCUUUUACUUUUACUUUUAGUUUUUGUUUGAUAGUAUUCAACCAUAAUUAAAGUUGCAUAAGAUAAUUGCUUCACAUUUCACAUACCUAAUAUUUAUCUGAGUGCUGUCUAAAACUGUUGUGCUAGCCAAAGUGAUGCUAUGAAAUCAUUUGCAGACUUAACCCGUGAGUUAAUGUUAAAUGCACUGUUAUUGCCAUGUGAAGAGGCAUUGACUUUGAUAUCACCAUCAUGUUCAGACCAUUUUAUACAUUUCAGUGGCCUUUUUUUAAAGAAAAAAGCAAAACCAAGUACAUAGUGAAGACGGCUUUUAUUUGGACAAAUAGCUUUUAUAUUUUCAUUAAACCAUGCAAAAAAUGUUAUACCUUUCUGGCACAUGACCGUGUCCUUAACCACUGAACAGUCCAGCCAUUUGGGCAAAUUGUACAUUGCAAAGCUUACAGCAGCCGAGUGUAUUAUUGAUUGUAUUGUGUACUAUAUUAAAUGUGAAUUUGUACCCCUUCAUUUUAAAAGGUCAUUGUGUUCUACUGCCUAUUUUAGAUUACUUUGGGGUUGGGAAAGGGUGUUUUGGUAAGCAGGAUUUUAAGUCCUCUCUCGAUUGGUUUUAUGAAGAUAUAAGGUUAUGCUCUUACUACCAAGCUCAGGAUUCUUGAUUUUUAAAGGUACAAGGAUAGUUGUGGGAAUUUUAUUUUUGGUUAUAUUUGAACUGUAUGAGUGGUGGGUCUGAAUAUAGAGAAUUUCCAUGGUCUUAUGUGGACAUAAAAUAUACAGAUAAUUGAUCAGUUUGAGUGACUGCAACACCUUCUGGUUGCACAACAGUUAGGCAUGCUAAGGAUUAUAUUUGUGAAGUUUGGAUGCCUGUGAAGAAUGAUUAAAUACAUGUUUCUAAUAUUUUAGUGUUUUGUAUUUAGGUUAUUUAUUCUUUGUAUCUAAAACUGAACAGCUACUGUGCUAUAUUGAUUUUAUUGGUAGUAUUGAGCAGACCUUGUUUCUGCAUGAAACUAGUUGCAAAACCCACUAUUUUGGAAAUAAAAAUGUAUUUUGACAUAUACAAAUAAAAUGAAUAAAACUAUUUUAAAUGUG